AUGGAGUCUUCAUACUUUGACACGAUCACCAGCAAACCGGCUUUCAAUACACAUUGUCGAGAUGGCCGCCAAAAGGACUUCUUGGACCUCAACCUCGUCGCCGCGAGUGAAUGGGGGCGCGAUCAUUUGUUUGCUUGCCGUUUAAUCCGUCGAGCGCCGCAGCGCCUCGUCCUUCCGAUCUUAGCGCCGUACACACGACCUUCGGACUUGAAAUCUUCAACUGAGAUAAUCAGCUUUGUGAACGGUCCACCGGGUCCGAGGUACAUGGCUCAAAGCGAGCACCAACUCGUACGACGCUCUGGUUGUGGUAUCUCUCUGGGGCAGAUUUGGGCGGCUUUGGCAAUGUUCAAAGGUAGCCGGGAGCGUCGCGAGAAAAAGUCACCCCCCGACAACGAUGAUGGAUCGGAUGAAGGGGAAAAAAGAGCAAAGCGUCCAAGACAAAACACUCCCCAAAAGGACUUUGUGGAUUCUCGCAAUAUUCGAGUCGGUUCCAGCAGUCCAGAGACGGAAAGCUCCCAGGAGGCAUCCUCUGUCGCCUCGCCGGAGGAUGAAACUUUACGGCUUGCCUCGUGCGUUAUUCGACACAUCCUGUACUUCGGUGCCCCUCAGGACCGUACGGAAUUACCGACUGUUGUCGAAUUUCGGGAUGCUAAAGUGAGACUCGUCGCGGAGGCCCCUAUAUCGAAACGGAAGAUAGUAGCCAUCGACGACGGAGGACUAUGCUUACGAAAGGAGUCAAACGGUGGCUUUGUACUCUCGAAAAAUCACCUGGCGAUACUAGAAGGGAAAAGACAAUUCCAAAGUUUUGAAAACGGUCGGCCGAUCGUUUCGGAUAAAUGCCUGGCCCAGAUGACUUGCGAAGCUCUUGUAGCCGGUAUCGAUAACACUCUUUAUGGAAUACAGCCACCUGGAGUGAUAGUGAUCAACGUUACCCAGCACUACAUGUGCCCCCUUCACUUUGAGAUCACGAGCGACUAUCUUAACGAUUUGGAAUCUCUCUCGCCUACCUCUUUCUUGUAUUUGGAUUCCACCCCUUGGUUUGAUUUGGACUCUACAUAUGGAAGGAAGCAGGUGGUCUCAAAUCUUUGUGGCUUGAUGCGCCGAGAGCUUCAACCCUGA